UGCUACCCUGCCUGCCCUUCCUUCCAGGGUGUAGUCGACUUCUCGCACUCUAUGGCGGCGCACAAAAAGUGCUGAGCUCCUGCGCAACUCGCCGCAACAAGGUCCGUCUUCACUCGCCCGCAACUUGCGCCCAACUUCCCCGCAACUUUCUCGCCUCUUCCGCCCCCCCCUCUUGGAGCAAGUCAACCGAGUUUGGUUCACUUUGUGCCGCUCGAGUGGCGUUGCGAUCUUGGCGGAGAGUGAGGAGCGCCGAUAUGGCGGCUGCUUCCCCGCGGUGGUCCCCCCUGGCGGUGGUCUUACUGACGGCCGUCGUGACGCUCGGCGUCGGCGUAGGCGCCGCUAUGGAUGAGUGCACGGACGAGCAGGGGGGCGCGCAACGCUGUAUGCCGGAGUUUGUGAACGCCGCGUUCAACGUAACGGUGGUGGCGACCAACACGUGCGGGAGCCCCGCAGAGGAGUACUGCGUCCAGACGGGAGCCACCGGGGUCACCAAGUCGUGCCACAUCUGCGACGCCCGCGACCCUCGCAACCAGCACGGUGCCGCCUACCUCACCGAUUACAACAACCAGCAGGACACCACCUGGUGGCAGAGCCAGACCAUGCUGGCCGGGGUGCAGUACCCCAACGCCAUCAACCUCACCCUGCACCUCGGCAAGGCCUUCGACAUCACGUACGUGCGGCUCAAGUUCCACACCAGCCGUCCCGAGAGCUUCGUCAUCUACAAGCGCAGUGGCGAGGACGGCGCCUGGACGCCCUACGCCUACUACAGCGGCUCGUGCGAGAAGACCUACGGCAAGCCAGGCCGCGGUUUCAUCCGCACCGGCGAGGACGAGCGGCGGGCGCUCUGCACCGACGACUUCAGCGACAUCUCGCCGCUGACGGGCGGCAACGUGGCCUUCUCUACGCUGGAGGGCCGGCCCAGCGCGUACAACUUUGACAAAAGUCCCGUCUUGCAGGACUGGGUGACGGCCACCGACAUCCGGGUGACCUUGAACCGCCUCAACACCUUCGGCGACGAAGUCUUCAACGACCCCAAAGUGCUCAAGUCCUACUACUACGCCAUCUCCGACUUUGCCGUGGGCGGAAGGUGCAAGUGCAACGGCCAUGCCAGCGAGUGCCUGAAGGACGCCGGAGGUCGCCUGGUGUGCAACUGCAAGCACAACACGGAGGGAGCCGACUGUCAGCUCUGCAAAGCCUUCUACAACGACCGUCCGUGGAGGCGGGCCACCGCUGACAACGCCAACGAGUGUCUGCCGUGCGAGUGCAGCGGAAAGAGUUCCGAGUGCUACUUUGACGCCGAGCUGUACCGAGCCACGGGCCAUGGGGGGCACUGCAAGAACUGCGCUGACAACACGGACGGGCCCAGGUGCGAGCGCUGCCUAGAGCGCCAUUACAGGGUCCCAGAUGAGCGCCGCCGCUGCCUGCCCUGCGCCUGCAACUCUGUGGGUUCCGAGUCACCCCAGUGUGAUGAGCGGGGCGCGUGCGCGUGCAAACCGGGAGUGACGGGGGAAAAGUGCGACCGCUGCCAGCCCGGCUUCCACAGUCUCACCGAGGCUGGAUGCAGGCCGUGUUCGUGCUCGCCUUCAGGAAGCACUCAGGAAUGUGACGUCGGCACGGGCCAAUGUCGCUGCAAGGAAAACGUGGAGGGCUUUGCCUGCGACAGGUGCAAGCCAGGCUUCUUCAACAUGGACGCCAACAACGCCGAAGGCUGCACUCCGUGUUUCUGCUUCCUUCACUCGUCCGUGUGCGAGAGCGCGCCCGGCUUCAGCGUCCACACGCUCAGCUCCAACUUUGAACAAGACGAGGAAGAGUGGACGGGCCGGCGGCACGAUGCGUCGGACGUGCCAGUGCGAUGGUCGGCCGACAGUCGGGACAUCUCGCUUCUCUCGCAGGACUACUUCCCCAUGUACUUUGUGGCUCCAGACAAGUUCUUGGGGGACCAGCUGCUGAGCUUCGGUCAGAACUUGAGUCUGAGUUUCCGCGUGGAUCGUCGCGACAGCCGGCUGUCAGCCGAGGACCUGGUCCUGGAGGGCGCCGGCCUUCGGGUGGCUGUGCCCCUCAUCGCCCAGGGCAACGCCUAUCCCGCCGAUGAGAAGCAACGCUACGUCUUCAGACUCCACAACAGCGCCGACUACCCUUGGAGGCCGGCCAUCAGCCACUCGGACUUCCAGAAACUUCUCCACAACCUGACGGCCAUCAAGAUUCGCGGCACCUACAGCGAGAAGAGUGCCGGUUAUUUGGACGACGUGUCCUUGAUGACGGCCCGGCGCGGCCCGGGCAUCCCGGCCCGCUGGGUGGAGCAAUGCACGUGCCCCCGCGGCUACGAGGGCCGGCGCUGCGAGCACUGCACGGCCGGCUACCGCCGCGCCCGCCCGCAACUGGGAGCCUUCAGCGCCUGCGAGGCUUGCGACUGCAACGGCCACAGCGACUCCUGCGACCCGAGCACAGGCGCAUGUGACUGUCAGCAUAACACUGGGGGCAUGAGUUGUGAGCGCUGCCGGGACGGUUUCUACGGCGACGCCACUAGGGGGACGUCCUCGGACUGCCAGCCUUGCCCGUGUCCCGCCGGCGCCACCUGCGCCCUGGUCCCUAAGAGUGGAGAGGUGGUCUGCACCAACUGUCCCGCCGGCACCACAGGCAAGCGGUGCGAGCUGUGCGACGACGGUUUCUUCGGGGACCCCCUGGGCGAGAGCGGUCCGAUACGCGCCUGCCGCGCCUGCAAGUGCAGUGACAACAUCGACCCCAAUGCCGUCGGCAACUGCAACCGCGAGACGGGCCAGUGCGUCAAGUGCAUCUACAACACGGACGGCUUCUUUUGUGACCGCUGCAAGGACGGUUUCUACGGCAACGCCCUGGCCGCCGACCCUGCCGACAAGUGCAAAGCGUGCGCGUGUUCCAAGUUGGGCACGGAGGGUGGCCAAACAAGCUGCUCGGCGGUGACGGGCCAGUGCCCCUGCUUGCCCAACGUUGCGGGGCGAGACUGCGGCGCCUGCCGGCCAGGAUUUUUCAACCUGCGCAGCCAAACCGGUUGCGAGCGGUGCAACUGCGACGCCAUCGGCUCCGCAAACGGCCAGUGCGACAUCGUCAGCGGCCAGUGCGAAUGCCAGCCCGGCGUCACGGGGCCCCGCUGCGAGGGCUGCGAGGUCAACUUUUUCGGCUUCGGCUCGUCCGGAUGCAAACCCUGCGACUGCCACCCCGAGGGCGCCCAGUCAGGCCAGUGCCGGGAGGACGGACGCUGCCUCUGCCGGCCCGGCUUUGUAGGCGCCCGCUGCGACAUGUGCGAGGAGAACUACUUCUACAACCGCUCGGCGCCUGGAUGCCAGCAGUGUCCCUCUUGCUACAGUCUCGUCAGGGACAAGGUGAACCAGCAGCGUCAGAAGAUCCACGAGCUCCAGACGCUCAUCGACAACCUGGCGUCCGGUCAGGAGACGGUCAGCGACAAAGCCUUCGAAGACCGCCUCAAGGAGGCAGAGCGCGCCGUCCUCAACCUCCUAGACGAGGCGCGCUCCAGCAAGGAUGUGGACAGCGGCCUGCUGGAGCGUCUGAAUGCCAUCAAUGGCUCGCUCACCACGCAGUGGAACCGUCUGCAGAACGUCCGCGUUACGGUGGAGCAGACGGGCGGGCAGGCCGACCGCGCCCGCAACCAAGUGCGCCAGACCGAGAACCUCAUCGACCGCGCCCGGCGGGAGCUGGACAAGGCCAAGGACGCCAUCGGCAAAGUGGACAUUAAAUCUCCAAGCGGUGACGGUGAUCCCAACAACAUGACGUUGCUAGCCGAGGAAGCUCGCAAACUGGCCGACAAGCACAAGAUGGACGCCGACCAGAUCCAGAAGAUCGCCAAUGACGCCAACGACACUUCCACCAAAGCCUACAACCUACUCCUCAAGACACUGGACGGAGAAGGAAAGACGGCGCAACAGAUAGAUGAGCUCAACAGGAAAUACAAAGAGGCGCUGGAGCUGGCCAAGAGUUUGGAGAAGCAGGCCAACAAAGUCCAAGCGGAGGCGGAGGAGGCCGGAAACCACGCCGUCGAGAUCUUCGCCAACCUCACCAGCCUGCCGCCGUUGCAUACGCAUGCCCUGGAGGAGGAGGCCAACAAGAUCAAGAAGGAGGCUUCCGACUUGGACGCCCUGAUCGACAAGGCAGAGAAGGAGUACAAUGAGCUGAGGAAUGACCUGGCGCCCAAAGAGUUUGAAGUUCAGAAACUGCUGGAGAAAGGUCGCAGCGAGCAGCAGACGGCCGACCAGCUCCUGGCCCGCGCCGACGCCGCCAAGGCGACAGCCGUGGAGGCGGCCAAGAAGGCCCAGUCAACCUUCCGCGAGGCUGAGAACAUCCUGGACGACCUGCGAGACUUCGACCGCCGCGUCAACGACAACAAGACGGCGGCGGAGGAAGCGCUGAAGAGGAUCCCGUCCAUCAACGCCACUGUGGUGGCCGCUAAUGCCAAAACCCGGCAGGCCGAGGCGGCACUAGGAAACGCUGAUGCUAAUGCCAGGGAGGCCAAGAGUAAGGCCGAGGAGGCCGAGCGCAUCGCCGCCAACGUGCAGAAGGGCUCAGCCAAGACCAAGGAGGACGCCGAGAAGGCCUUGCAGGACGCCGACAAGCUGGAAGGCGACACGGACGCCCUGAUGGAUGAGCUGAGCGCCGCCGAGGAGCAGCUGAGCAAAAAGAAGGCCGAGGCCGACCAGGAUGCCGCUGUGGCUGCCAUGGCUUCGGCUAACGCCAAGGAAGCCGAAGACAACGCCCGCAAAGCCAAAAGUGCCGUCAAGACGGUCCUCAGCACCAUCGCCGCCCUGCUGGAGCAACUCGGCAACAUCGACAAAGUGGACCUGGGCAAACUGACGCAAAUCGAUGAGUCGCUCCGGCGCGCCAAGGACAAGAUGGCCGCUAGCGAGCUGGACAGCAAGUUGAGGAAGCUCAGCGACGUGGCACGCACACAGGAGGCCAUGAUCGGCGACUACGACCAGCAGAUCAGAGAGAUCCGCGCCGAUAUAGCCAACCUCAACGACAUCAAGAACACGCUGCCCGACGGCUGCUUCAACACGCCGUCCCUGGAGAAGGCCUAAAGGCCCGACGCCGCGAGACGCCGCAAACGCCUUACCAAAACUCCACUUUGAUUGUUUUUGUCUUUUUUUGAACUGUGCGUAAGCGCAAAGCACCAGAGACCAUCAGCACGAACCCCACGAGACUGCACGCCCGCCGCCACUGCAACAGGAAGUCCCUCCAAGUGCCAGUUUCCUGGGCGGGCGCACCACCGCGCCCCACCACAUGAGGGAAGGGCUCAUCGGCAUUGAUGCUCCACCUCCCGACGUUUGAUUCUCUGAUGUGACAUCAUCGCCACCAAAAUCACACCACAUCCUGAGGGAUCCCGCAGAGGUCUGUCUCAAGACACUACGGCAAAUACAUUUUCCAACCACUUGCCGUUUGAGCGUUUAUUGCAUGUCCUCCAUAUCCAGCUCGAGCUCCGUGCCAGACUUUUUCAGAUUUGUCGAGGCCCGUUGCUCUGCUUGGCCGGAUUUACGACGAUUCGUUUUAAAAAAAGAAAUACUCAAUGAAAUCACUUCUUUUUGGUCCAUCAAUGCAAUUAAUUGCAGUCACAACAUUUGACUCUUCCAAUACUUUGUGUGUGUCUCUCACUCUCUCUCUCUCUCUUGCUCUCUCGCAUACCAGAGCCAUAAGCUGGAUAUGGAAGAAAUACGACUACAGUAAUCCUUAUCUAUAAGUCGUUUUUUUUUUUUUUUUAAUAAGAUUAACUGGGCAAAAACCACUGAUGUCUAUCUCUUGUUUGAAAAACAGGACACGAUUUUAAAGUGACUACAGUGCCGAAAUAUUAACGCGACGAAACGCAGGAAGUCCCUCCUACUAGUAGUUUUCCGUGCACAAGCCUCCGUUACCUUUGUGGCUGACUGUGUAACAUUUGUUCUACUGGCGCGUGACGUCCCUCCCUGCUGGCCUCCAUCACUAGCAACUGAGCUGGCGCUAUGCGGCAGCUAAACGCUUUUCCAGUCAGUUGCGCCUGGCACUCCAGCGACCGACGGGUGCAGCCUCGUCGGUCCCGCCAGCGCUCAUCCUGUUCACGUGGUGACGUUGCCCGGACUCUAUGCAACUUUUGUACAUUCGCUCUGAUACACUGGUGCUAAAAAUACGUCGUGCGUAUGCGUGAAUGUUUUUUUUCCGAUGUUCACUUUUUUGUUUAAUAGCGGCACGCGUGCUUGUCAACGUCGCCAUUUUUUUCCUUAAUGUUCUUUAUCUCGUCACGCGACUGAAGUGAAGACGUAGUUAAUCUGUGAUUUGUAACGACUUUGUGCCUUAUUAUGAACUUUGUGUGUGUAAUCCAAACAAGAACACUAUGACCUUUGACCUCCAUCCAUCCAUCCACAUAUAGACAUGUAAGCACGCGUGUGUAAUAAUAAACAGUAUUGUUAAAUUA